UUUAUGCGCCUGUCUGGCACCCGGAGGGAUCUGGGUUUGGGACUGGUCUAGGCUCAUCCGUAGUCUUCCCGGCCCUGUCCUUCUGUGUGGCCGAGAGGCUACCACUCUAACACGCCGUUUCCCGUGUUUGAAGAAAGUGGCGUGUCUGCAAUCCACUGUAUCUAAGCCGGGGCGUGAUGUCCCUGUUCCCUAGAGGCUCUGCCUUGACUCCCAGGCCGUGGAGCCCUGUCACAGAGGCCCCUUCCUGCACGCCAGGCAGGCAGGGAAGCCUCGGGCGGGCGAGAGGGCUGCUGGGAGUGGAGAAAGCGAGGAGAGCAAGGCGGGAGGCCCCUGUUGCAUCUCCUGGGCCCCUCCCGCCCCCGCCUCCAGUGUGGUCCCGGAACAGCAAGCCCGUGCACACCACCAUCCUGAACCCCCACAUCCACCUGAUGGGUGACGAGUCGGCCUGCAUCGCCUACAUCCGCAUCACGCAGUACCUGGACGCCAGCGGCAUCCCCCGCACCGCCCAGUCCGAGGAGACCCGCGUGUGGCACCGCCGGGACGGCAAAUGGCAGAUCGUCCACUUCCACAGAUCCGGGGCGCCCUCCGUCCUGCCCCACUGAAGCCCCAGGCCGGGGCCACUGCGUUGCUGUGCCGCGGAGACCCACUCUUUGUCCGUGGAAUGUGGCUGCUGGUUCUCCCACUUGGAUGUGGCUGGAAUUCCCCCGUCGUGUCCCCCCCACCACCGUCAGCUCUGUACCCGCAUCGAGAAAACCUGCUUGUUCAGAAAAGCCAUCACAACUUCAAAGCAAAUGGCCAAAUUUCCCACCCCCUACCUCUCGCUCUCCUCUCUCUCCCCUGCCAGGCCGGGGCCUCCUGGGGCCUGGGUGCCGGCCCCUCCUCCUCCGCUGCUGCAGGCUGGAGUGCCAGCCGCUGGGGAGAAGGAGGGGCGAGGGGGCGAGGAGCAGGGUGUCCACCCGUCCCUCUCACGGCUCUCUCCUCUUCUGGGGUCCCCCAAGGAAGGGUAGGUGAACCCCCAGCCCCCCGAGGGAGAGGGUGAGAGAGGAGCAGACGCCAGGAGCCUCCUGCCUCAAACGGCUUCCCCCUCCUGUGCUGGCCUCACGGUGGUCCGCAGACCCUUCCCUCAGCGUGGGGGGCGCCCCCCUCUCAGGGGCCCCGCUGCUUCCUCCCGGUGAAGUCCUUCUCCAGCAGUUAGCCUGCCCGCCCUGCCCUUCUGUCACCCCGAGAAUUCCAGCUUCGUCUUAUCUCAGAGAGGAAAUCUCAUUGUCUGGCGGGGGCAAAAGAAAGCAACUUAGGUGUCACUUCUACUCGGACCGCAUGCCUUUUUAUAGCCAAACUCCUGUGUAUUUCGUAAACGAAUUUCUUGUUAAUGGAUAUUUAUGUAAUAACUAGACCUCUCAAAUUAUUGUGAGAACGGUUGGGCUCGGAAGCGGGGUAGGAAGAGGGGUGAGGGGUGGUUUUUUUCUGUUCUAGAUUAUUUCUUUUGUUUGUUUGGUCAUCUCUGAGGUGGACCUUGUCACCUGUGGUUAUCUGGGGCCCAGGUGGACUCGGCCCCAGGGAGAAGGGCCUCUCUGCCAUUUCGGCGCCAAGGUAAGCUGACGCAGGCGUUCCUUUCGGGACUGUGGAAGCAUCAGAUGGCAGCACCGGCCAGGAAACAGCAAGGCAGGGCAGAGAGGCGGAAGGAGCCUGUCGGGAUGGAAACAUCUGGACUUUUCUUUGCUUCCCUCCCACGCUGGGGACCUCACUACCGCACUUCCCAGGAUCUCAUGUCACCUUAUCUGUGUGCCGCCCCCAACGCCCCCGCCCACCUCUAGGGGGCCCGUGAGCAUUUGUCUUCAUCGCCUCUCUCCCCGUGGCAUCGGGUGGCUGAAGCAGAACACUGGGAUUUCUACUCCUCACGCCUCAUCCCUCGGCCUCGGGUUUGCACUCUCUCUCUUUCUUUUCCUCUCGCCCUCUUCCCCUGGGAUUGACUCUGAUGUGGAAUACCUUGGCACAUCCACUAGGAUCUACUGUCUGCACUGUUUUCUUUGCAUGACUUUAUAUGCAGUAAGUAUGUUGAAAAAAAAAAAAACAAAAAGAAGAAAAACACUCAACAAAACCAAUCUACAUGUUUUGAACAAAAAGAAAAAAAAUAGAGGUUGUAUUCUCAGUGUCCAACUCGGAAUUAUGUUGCUGCCUCUCUGUGCUUUUGGCCUCUGUGUGGCCGUGUUUUGCCAGCAUGAGAUACUGUCUCCUCUGGAGGAUUUUAGGGGAGGAAGAGCCACAUCCCCGGGGAUUUGGAGGAGGCUCUGGUACCCCCAACCCUCCUGGGUGUUCUUGGUUGGAGCAGAACCGGUGAGGAUGUUUGAUCCAGGACUUUCUGAGUUUUCCCCGAUCAUGAGCUGUCUGCUGGGCUCAAGUCCCGCUGCCCGGACCCCGUUGAGACGGGCUGGGUGGGGGCUACAGGCCAGGAAAGAAGCUGUCCUGGCCUCCUGGUUUCCAAGCUGGUCCAUCACUGGCCUCUGUUCUCGGCUCAGACCUUGCCCAGAGGGCUUCCCAGGAAGGCCCAGUGAUCCCAUUGUACCAGCAGCAAAACCACCUGUCCCCCUCAUGAGCUGCCAGUUCCCUACAGCCAUCCCUGGCCAAAGGUGAAGGCGCCUUCGCCAGGGGAUGCUAAAAUCACCGAGGCAAGGUCUGAGCCCUUCUUUAGCCUCAGUUUCCCCAUCGGUUAAAAGGGUUAAAUGCUCUGAUCUGGCCGAUGGAGGAUCAGACCUAGGGUGAUGCGAAGCCCAAUGUACCUGUGAGAACUAGCGGGCUUAGCCCCCGGCAGGACUCCUCCUGUUUACUUCUGGACCUGGCCAGUCUCCCUCCCCUCUCCCACCUGCCCUUCAUCCCCCUCUUUGGUGCCUGUCAACUGCUUAUCAGCAGUGGACUGCAGGGGAGAGAGAGCAGUAGUUUGGGGGUUAGCAGGCUUCAAUUCCCAGCUCUGACCACACCUGCUGUGUGACCUUGGGCAAGUCCUCUCCCCUCUCUGGGCCUUGGUUUCCCAAGCAGAGGAAACUGAGCUGGAGGACGCCAAGGUCCUGCCUUUCAUUGGCUGACACACCUCCGGUCCACCGUGCCCCUCUCCAAGUGCUGGAGAAGUGGAGGCACGUCCCUACCCCAGGUUCCGAUGGCCCCCACUGGGAAGGCCGCGCCUGUGGGUGGGCAGCGCCCUGGUGCAGAUCACAGGGCACCAGGGCUGAUCCUGAGGCAGCAGGCAGGGGACACUGGCAGAAAAAGCUGCCCAGAGCCCACCCUCAGCAGACAAACUCCGUGCUCCUGCAAACAUCCUGUAGAUGCAAAAAAAUCCAAACCCAAGUCAAAACCUAGGCUCCAGCAUGCAAGUUCGUUUACAGGAAAGCAUUCUCCCGGGUUUGUGCCCACCACAGUGCAAACCCUGACCUGUGGCCUCCUGUCUCCCUUCAAAGGGAGACCCUUUGGGGGGAUGUGUUCGCCAGACUCCCCAUGCUGGUUUCUUUGUUACUAUUUGUUUGGGGUUUUGUUUCAGUUCUUUUUCUUUUCUUUUCCUUUUUUAAAAAUAUGUGGCUGUGAACUUGAAUGACCACUGCUCAAACUUUCUGCUAUUGGGGGAGGGGGGCGGGAAGGGAAGAAGGGGCGUCUGUUUUAUUCCUGGUGUUUUCAGUGCAAUAAAUAGCUACAAACUUCUGUGCA